AUGCAUCUAGAGACAGAGGCUACGAAGCCAUCGCCACAGCACACAGCCAUACCUCCCCAACAGCUCACUCUCAUCCAGCACGCGCAAGGCUUCCACAACCUCAAUAUCGAAGGCCGCCAAUUUCGCGAUCCUGGACUGACCCUUACAGGACAGCAACAACGUCAAGAUCUGGAUUGGAAGAUUGGGAAUAUGUAUUUCAUCGACUGCAUUGUAGCUUCCCCUCUGCGACGGACGUUGCACACCGCACUCCUCAUCUUCUAUGGGUUACUCCAAUCCAAGCCAGACCUGCGCAUCAUCGCUCUCCAUGAGGUGCAGAAGAUGUCUGAUUUGCCGUGUGACAUUGGCCUGCUGGUGGCAGAGCUGGAGAAGGAAUUCCGCGGUAAGCCUGUCAACUUCUCUUUGGUUUCGCUUGACUGGACCGACAAGGUGACUGUCAUAUUCACGCCUCAGAGCGAUUGUGUAGUAGCGAGGUGCCGGAAAGCACGGCACUUUCUGGCCAGUCUGCAGGCGGGGAACGUCGCUGUAGUGACGCAUGGCGCCGUGCUGCACUAUUUGACUGAAGACUGGCAUGGCCCUACAAGCGGGGUUGGCGUGUAUACACUGAGGUACAACCCCGGUGUUAAAUACACAGUCCGUUGUUAUUUUGCACCGCAUAUUUGUGUAAAUGAGUGA